CCACUCCCCGCGCCGAGUAACGGAUAACAAACGCCCGGCUUGUCGCCUACCGCCGCGAACCAAUGGCCGCCGCCGCCGCCGCCUCCUCCCUCCUCCCCUUCGCUCCCACCCGCAUGCCCCACUCCACCGCCGCCAAGGCCCGUACACUCACCACCCAGAAGCCACCCCGCCCCCCGCGCCCGCUCGCGGCGUCGUCCUCGCCGCCGCCGCCCGAGGAGGCUGAGCCGAAGGACCCCAUCCAGCUCGCCUUCGCCCGCGCCGCCGCCUACAAGAAGGAGAGGGACAGCCCCCCGCCGCCUCCGCCUCCGCCUCCGCCAGCCCCUGCGCCACCGCCGCAGCCCUCGGUGGCUAAGGCGGAGGAGUCGAGGUCCGGCAGCAAGGAGGCCUUCGCGCGGGCGGUGGAGUACAGGAACGGCAACGGGGGAGGGCUGGGCGACGGCGGCUCCGCGCUGCUCGGGGCGUCGCCGAGAUUCGGUCAAAGUACAUUUGCUAGUGAAGAUGCUGCGUUUGGGAAAUUUGCAAAUAAGAAAGAAGAGUAUGAGUAUGAUGAGACUGAUUUUUUGGGCCUAGACUUUUUUGAGAAAAAGAGUUAUAAAGGGCCUCCACCAGGGUUAGCUCCAGCAGCUGAUCCUUUUCCAGAUGAAGAUUUUCCUGAAGUGGAGAUAAUAAUUGGGGACCCUAGUAAAUUUGGGAAAACUCGUCGUUCGACAGAAAUUCAACCAGCAGAUGAUAAUGAGCCUGAGGAAACCUCACAUUCAACAACAGAAGAAAAGAAGGAAGAUAACAAGCUUGAGGAAACACCACCUUCAACUGUUACUGAGCCAGAGGAUGAAGAUGAAGACGAAUACAAACCAACAGUUAGAUCAUGGGGAAUGUUUCCACGACCGCAAAAUAUUUCUAAGGCGUAUGGUGGCGGAAGAAAUAUACGCCUGGGUGGAGAGGCUCAAAGUGCUAAAGAGAAAGCAGCCAAGGAUAAACGUACAAGAGAGCUAAUAGCUGCAUAUACGAAUAGUCAGAACAUGAUAGUUGAUGCAAAGACAAAGGCAGAGUGCAGUCAGGCCUUGAAGGAAGGUGAUGAGUUGAUGAAUACUGGAAGGCUUAAACAAGCAUUGCCUUAUUAUGAAAAAGUGAUGCAGGCUGUAGACUUCAAGACUGAAUUGCAUGGAAUGGCUGCUUUGCAGUGGUCCAUCUGUCUAGAUUCACUAUGCAGGUCCAAGGAAGCCAUGAGCAUGUAUAGCAAACUAAAAAAUCAUCCAAAUUCUGAAAUUAGCAAGAAAGCAAACAUGUUCAUGUUCAGUUUUCAGGCGAUGGACUUCAUGAAGGUUAAUAGCACUCCUGUGUCCCGGAACACUGGCUAUGAGAAUUACUUUGACAAAUUUGGUGGCCGGAAGAAUUACUACGCAGCCCUAGACGAACCUGAAAUGGGCAUUGAUCAGAUCAUCCCGAAUAAGUUACCUUAUCCCUCCACCCCAAACACGGCCAAAGAAGUAAAAGGGAAAAGUCCAGACGAAAACUAGCGUGGACGACGUCGUACAGUCUGAAUACUGGUUUUGGGUCUUAUUCCCAUUAACUUCCACUAGUAACUGCCAAAAUCCCAGAAUGUCGCAAUGUUUUUACUAACUUGUCUAAUAUUUGGCUAGCAAAAAUAGACCGCACCUUACCUACUCAGGUUCCACUAACGAUUCUUCGCUCCGCAGAAUGCACAGCCACCGCUAUAGAACCAGCAACGAUUAUGUUCUUACCCCUGUUUUUAAUUCUAAUUAUAA